AUGCUCCCCUUGCUGAAGGCAGCUUUCACUCUCCUCUCCCUGCUGGAGCUCAUUUUGUCCAAGCCACUGAUGACCAUCUCCUCUCCCAAACUAAAGCUGUCAGAGAUCACCCACCGCAUCCAUCAGCUCAACUCAGGAGUGCAGGUCCCCUGCAACGACACCCGAGUGGCACAGGUCGCCUUCAUGGACCGAAAGCUGCCGGAGCAGGAGCUGCUGUGCCAGGCCGCCGCCGCGCUCACCAAAGUCACCAGGUGCAGGAAAGACUACGAGCCGCUCAUCAUCAACCUGCAGAGCCUGCAUGAUGAGAUGAGCUGCUCUCUGAGCAAUGACAACGAGAUCUACCUGCGCAACUUCUUGCCGGAGCUGGGGAACUUCACGCAGGGGCUCUACAGGCGCCUGGCCGCGUCGCCCGCGCAGGGCCCGGCGGGAGCCGAGCCGGGGAAGUGCAGCAUCCGAGUGCGAAAGCCGGAGGGGUACGGGAAAAAAGGGCCGCCGGCACCGACCGGCACCGAAACCUCCCGCGUGUCCUCGGCGCUGUCGGUGGGCUUUUACAUCAUUAACAGCGAAGACCAAGGCGAGUCUGCGGGAAAAGCACACGCGGGUAUAGAUCACCAAAAUAUCCAGAAACUGCGAGCUGAGAAGGUCUGGUCCAAGCAGGCCAUGAGCAUCCCGGUCCCGAUCCUGCUCACCUUCCUGGUGCUGUCAGCCUGCCAGGGCCACAGGGCUGCCCUGGUGCCAACCUCCACCUUCCUGAAGGAGAGCAUCCAGCUGCUGAGCAAGCUCCUGGAGAGGAAGGUUUCCUGUGACAAGAUGAACGUGACAAAUAUUUUUGCAGGCGAUAAGCAAUUCUGA